AUGUCACCUGUCGCCUCGAUCCUGGCCCUGUUCGUGGCAGCGGCGUCAGCAGCUCAUGGUCAGCCGACUGACAAGGCUUUUGACUACAUUGUCGUAGGCGGAGGGACUGCUGGAGUCGCGCUAUCAACCCGUCUCAGCCAGGGGCUGCAGAAUGCGACAGUCCUGGUCAUCGAAGCAGGUCCAUCAGGGCUCGGCGACGAGCGCAUUGAGAUCCCCGGCCGGAGAGGUUCAACUUUUGGGAGCAAGUACGACUGGAAUCUCACUACUGUGCCGCAGGAGGGAUCCAAUGGCCGCGUCUGGGUUCAGACCAGAGGGCACGUCUUGGGUGGGAGCUCCGCACUCAACCUCUUCUCAUACGAUAGGGCGUCUGCACACGAAUAUGACGGAUGGGAACAGCUUGGUAACCCGGGAUGGAACUGGGAAUCUAUGCGAUCUGCCAUGAUGAAGUCUGAGAACUUUACCUCGGCCAACACUCAGUACUACACUGGGAGCGAGGGCGUUGGCAAUUCCGGACCUAUCAAGGCUUUGAUCAACCGGCUUAUCCCCAAGCACCAAGCCCCGCUGUUCCCGGUCAUGAACAGUUUCGGUAUCGAAACGAACCUGGAAUCAUUGAAUGGCAACGUUCUGGGUGUUCUAUACUCGCCCAACAGCAUCGAGCCGACACACUACAACCGAUCCUACAGCGCAAACUCCUACCUGCCCUUGGCUGGUCCAAACCACUUCGUUCUGACAGAGUCAAAGGUUGCCAAAGUCAAUUUGGAGACUACCUGCCAUGGCAGUCAGCGUGCUGCUGGCGUGACUCUUGUCGACGGAACCGUCCUAUCUGCUCGUCGCGAGGUUAUUGUCUCCGGUGGAGGUUUACUCAGCCCUUCUAUUCUGGAGAACUCCGGCAUUGGCAAGGCGGAUGUCCUCUCCGCUGCUGGUAUUGAUCAGAUUAUUGACCUUCCAGGAGUAGGUGAAAACCUCCAGGAUCGCAUUCGUAUCCAGAGCUCGUACGAGCUGAAGAGCAACUACACUGGAUACGACCGUCUCAAGUACGACACAGUCUAUGCUGCUGAGCAGCUCCAGCUCUGGUGGGAAGGCAAGACUUCAAUGUACGGAUACUCUGGUAGUGGAUAUACGUUCACCAACUGGAACCAAGCUCUUGGUGACGAUGGAGAAGCAGCGCUUACUGCUCUUGCUCAGACGGCGAUUGGGGAUACCAACAACCCGGUCGAGAAGAAGAAACUUCAAUGGCUCAACGAUACGACGGUACCUCAACUGGAAAUCCUUUUCAGUGACGGAUAUACUGGCGUCAAAGGGUAUCCCGCUUCAGGAAGUCCAGGUUACGGCAAAGACUACUUCACGCUCAUCGCCGCCAUUAUGCACCCACUGAGCCGUGGGCAUGUCCACAUAAACCCUGCCGACACCUUGGGACCACCUCUCAUCAACCCUAAUUACCUUUCAAACGACUACGACUUGCAAGCAGCCAUCCAAGCCAUCAAAAAGUGCCGUCAGGUCGCUCUCACAGAGCCUCUCAGAUCCACAUGGGUUUCGGAGUACGAGCCGGGCUUGAACACCACGACAGACGCGCAGUGGCGGGACUUUGCUCUCAAGACCACCCUGUCCAUCUACCACCCAGUUGGCUCCUGUGCAAUGCUCCCAAGGGAAGACGGUGGCGUCGUUGACCCAUCACUCAAGGUCUACGGAACGGAGAAUCUCAGAGUCGUGGACGCGAGUAUCAUGCCCGUCCUGAUCUCAGCGCAUAUUCAGACCGCGGUAUAUGGAAUUGCGGAGAGAGCUGCCGAUAUCAUUAUUGAGGCUGCGAAAAAGUGA